AUGAAUGAAUAUAAAAAUUAUUUUUAUAAAAACUGGUUUCCAGAUUUUCAAUGUGAGCAUGAAAUGCGUGUUGGUGAAGGCGAUGGCGGCAAGUGGGCAUGUGAUAUAGAAUAUUUAAAAAAGAAACCCUCAUGUCUUAUAUAUUCACUGGGAUCUCAAGGAGAUUUCACUUUUGAACAAAGUGCACAUAAACUUUUGCCUCAAUGUUCUAUUCAUACAGUUGAUAUGCAGCUUUAUACAUGUCCGACAGGUAUAUGCACAUUUCAUCAAGCUAAAUUAGGUAAUGGUCGAAAUGGCUCAACGUCAUUACAUCAACUUAUGACUGAACUAAAUCAAACAAAUCAUGAAAUAGAUAUACUUAAAAUCGAUAUAGAAUAUGGUGAAUAUGCAUUUCUUCAUACGUUAUUUUCCAACAAUGAUGAUACUAAACAAUUACAACCUGUAUAUAUUCGUCAAAUUCUGAUUGAAAUUCAUCUUGAUCGUGAUAAAAUAUACGAAACAAAUUCUUUAUUUUAUUUAUUAAAUUCUCAAAAUUAUGUUAUCUAUCAUAAAGAACUAAAUCAAGGUUUUCCGUAUUAUGCUUGUGAAUAUGGACUUCUCAAAUUAAAUAGACUAUUUUUUCGAGGACAUUUGACAUAA